AGGCCCUUCCACCCAACGCAAAUUACAUUUCUCUGCUGAUUUUUCCUUCUUUGCUCUUUAUUUCUUUUCGUCUGCCAUCCUUUGUAUUGUACAUAUAUACUUCUCACCAGAAUGGCGGCCCCCAGUCCGCAGCAGAUCGCUGCCAUUCAGCAGCAUAUCGCAGCAGAAGCCGCCAAGCGAGGACUCACUCCUGAAGAAUUCGCCAAGCAACAAAGAGAACAACUGGCAGCAGAUGCUGCAAAAGCCGGAUUGACGACUGAACAAUAUGUUGCACAGCUGAGAAUGCGAGCCGUAGCAGCACAACAGGCCCAACGACAGGCCCAAGGCCAAGCGCAGCAACAACCUGCACAGCAACAAACUACAACACAAGUUCCUGUGAAUGCAUCAAAUCCUCCUAAUCCAAAGGCUAUUGCAGUAGCAAAAUUUUUACAUUCCCAGGAUCUGAAGACUAGGACUUGUAUUUUGGAUGGACAGAGAAAGGACCUAUUCAAAGUAAAACGUGCUAUUCGAGCUCUUGAGUCUCCUGCCUAUGCAAAAGCUGCAAAGAAAAACCCCUUGCUUCCACCGGUGACGGACCGCGCAUCAGCGGAGAACGUCUUCAAGCUCCUCCCGCUCUCUCUCCUCGCGUUACGGGUUUCAAAGGUUGACCCGCAUGCUGGCCACAACCAUGCUAAACCGAAGAAUCGUGUCAAGGGACUUUGGACUGUCAAGAUCGAGCAACAUCAGGACACGGAUCCCAUGGUACACUAUGUCUGGCUUUACGAGGGAUCCCAGUGGAAGCAGAAACUUAUGGCAGGCGCGGUUGUUGCGGCUAUUUUUGCCGUUGUCCUGUUCCCUUUGUGGCCCAGAAUGCUCAGACAGGGAGUCUGGUACCUGAGUGUUGGCAUGCUGGGUCUCCUGGGGUUGUUCUUCGCUAUGUCUAUCUUCCGUCUCAUACUAUUUUGCGUCACCGUAUUCGUCGUGCCUCCGGGACUUUGGCUCUUCCCCAAUCUGUUUGAGGACGUCGGAUUCGUUGACAGCUUUAAACCAUUGUGGGGAUGGCAAGAGGUAUGUUGCGAUGCGAUUUUCUUGAUGGAUAAGCGGCUUAUUGUUUUCCUUUGCAGAGCAAGAAAAAGAAGAAGUCCAAGAAAGCCAAGGGCGAUGCAUCUCAGUCUCCUCAGGGCACUGCAGCAGACACUGCUUCGUCGGCACCCAAGUCUAUGGGCGAUAUCAAACGCGAUUUAACCCCUCGAGUUGAGGAAGUCCAGGAAUAAAUAGUGUGUCUAUGAUGAUAUCUCUUAUGUUCCUUAUGGCCCCUGCAAAAUUAUUUUCCGGCUUGUUUCGAACUGCCUUCCGUCCAGGUCUUGACGGUGCAGGGAUGGUUAUGUAUCAGUAUUCUUUUCUGCCAUGGGCUAUUCUAUUUACAUUGGCUUAUGGCCCCAAGGAAAUGGGGUUAUCUUAUAGUACUUUGCGUGUACAAAUGAGGGAGGUUGAUUUUCCCGAUAUGACCUGAAAGGGUUUAAUUGACCCCAAUAAUCACCAUUCUAUCUUCACUUCUCGAUUGUUGGGCCUUCCCGUUUUAGAAACCCGUAUUGAAAGCACGAGUUCCCUAGCUGCCAAUAGUGAGCUGCCCGAAAAUAUAUGGAGCCAGCAGGCUUUCUUCAGGGGUAUACCUGCGAUUCUAGGUAGCUCAAAGCCACUGAACCUAGAAAGAUGGGAUCCUAGUUCAAGACCAGAACAGAAACAUAGAGCCGUACCUUUCGUUCCAUUAAACAGGUAGGCUGGAAAGGAAGUGCAGUUCAUUAUAUGAUCCGAACCAAAAUGGCAAGCUUUGGUUCCAAAGCAUGCAGCAUUGUAAUCCAAGUUGGUAUGUACUAGUACGGCCGUUUCGGAUUCGACCUUAGAAAAGCGUUGGUGACAUAGAGGGGAAUAGAAAUUGACUUUCCCCAAAUCCAGAGAGGAGGAUAUCAAUUGCCCGACUCGACGACAAAGAACCUUCCCUUCGUUUUCGAUGCGUAACCCAGAGCAUUGCCAUCCCAGGCGUCACCAUCUGGAUGCUCAUUCUUCUCCGCCUGAAUGCGCUGUACUCUCUUUCGCCGUCCAAUAACCCGCUCUUUGGACAUAGCCUCUUUGAGGCGAUCCAAUCCGAUUGUGUUCUCCUUCACUGCCUCCGGCGUUUCGUCGCGGAUACUUUGAAGCGGCUCUACACCACUGGCAUCAACGCGCUGGAUUUCUUUCACAAAGUGGAUCUGGGACUCGAGAGUGUCAAUCAUGGCCUUUUCUUCUUCUUUGCUUGCAGGCUGUGGAAGAGCGGACAGACGGAGGAGAUGGUGGAGCUGCUCGGGCGUGACUGCUGGUGGCGAUUUCGUGGUUUCAUCGGGGAGUAAAGAUCUGACGGACCAACUGGGUUUUGAAAGAAUGGCUUUGAUGUCCGUGAUGCUCGCAAUGUCGGAUUUCGAGGAAGAAUAGAACCGAUAGUGCUGUGCCAAGCGUCGAAUGUGUAAUGCUGGCCGCGAAAGCUGGCGCGGACUGAUGCGCAGACAAGCCAUUGCCAUUCAAUAAAUAGCUGGAGAGGGGAAACCUGUAGCUUGUAUUGUCAAGAUAAUACUGGAAGUAAUGAGCAAAUGUCUCCUUAGAGGAGUAGAGGUUGAGCAUGCAUCCAAUCUGGAAGAUCAACA